AUGAAUGGAAUAAAAUAUGCAGUAUUUACAGACAAAAGUAUUCGGUUAUUGGGGAAAAACCAAUAUACUUUUAAUGUCGAAUCCGGAUCAAUUAGGACAGAAAUAAAACAUUGGGUCGAACUCUUCUUUGGUGUCAAGGUAAUAGCGAUAAAUAGUCAUCGACUCCCAAUAAAGGGUAGAAGAGUUCGACCGGGACAUAUAAUGCAUUACAGACGUAUGAUCAUUACGCUUCAACCGGGUUAUUCUAUUCCACCUCUUAGAAAGAAAAGAACUUAA